GCGGCUGUGUUUUAUUUUGAAAGGUACACAUGAAACGUGUCCGUUGUGCUCGCGGAUGUUGUUACGGGUCGGAGGAGUCUAUAAAGCCUCUCAACUUGUUCAAAUCUGCACUUGUACAGACAAGAAAACUGUCGCCAUGGCGUCCGCGCUGCCCAUUAAGAUCGGAAUAAUCGGUGGUUCAGGUCUUGACGAUCCAGAUAUCUUAGAGGGAAGAACCGAGCGCUACGUUGACACACCGUAUGGAAAGCCAUCAGAUGCCCUGAUUCUGGGGAAGAUAAAAAAUGUCGAAUGUGUGCUCCUGGCUCGGCAUGGGAGACAACACACCAUAAUGCCAUCCAAUGUGAACUACCAGGCCAACAUCUGGGCCCUCAGAGAAGAAGGCUGCACACAUCUGCUGGUCACCACGGCCUGCGGCUCACUGAGGGAGGAGAUUCAGCCCGGAGAUAUCGUCAUCAUAGAUCAGUUCAUUGACAGGACCACCAAGAGAUCUCAAACGCUGUACGAUGGGCAGCCAACCAGUCCCCCAGGUGUGUCACACAUCCCUAUGGCUGAGCCUUUCUGCAACAGAACCAGAGAGGUUUUGGUGGAGGUGGCGCGGACUCUGGGGAUAAAGUGCCAUGUGCGAGGGACUAUGCUGACCAUCGAGGGGCCUCGCUUUUCCUCGCGGGCAGAAAGCCUGAUGUUCCGCCAGUGGGGCGCCGACGUCAUCAAUAUGACCACAGUGCCAGAGGUGGUGCUCGCCAAGGAGGCCGGCUUGUGCUAUGCCAGCAUCGCCAUGGCAACGGACUACGACUGCUGGAAGGAACACGAAGAGGCGGUCUGUGUUGACAACGUACUGAAGACGAUGAAGGAGAACGCCAACAAAGCUAGCAGUAUCCUGCUUACUGCAAUACCCCAGAUUAGUCAGAUGGACUGGGCUCAGACAAUGAAGACCUUGAAAUCAAUGGCACAGUCUUCAGUAAUGCUACCAAAACACUGAGCAUGUUGAAAACAAUGAAGCAGAAAAAGGAUACCAGACACCGCCCGCACAAACUCCGACACACAGCAACAGACUCAACUUUGCCGGUGGAUUCGUCAUCAGUGAAUCACAAGAAAGUGCCUCACAUAAAUAAUGCACAUGAUGUGUUUCCAGCUGGACUUUCAGUGUUUUGUCUCAACUCGAAAAUACACAUUUAACUCCGCUCUGCAUACUGACUCAACAGGUCACUUUUUCAUUUUCUCUAGAAAUGUUUACUGUCAUCUUGUCACAUAUUUGGAUAAAAUCAUUAAAUAAAAAAGAUCAACAAACAAUUUUAAGUCGUAAGAUUAUAACUAGAUAUUUUGUGGCUUUAUAUUUUUUGUCGUCCGUAAAUCAAAUUUCUAUAUUUGUUGACCGGAAGCCGUUGUGUCUUCACUUCUGUUAAUAUGGGAUCUGAGAAAAAAAAUGCUUUAGCACAUGAAUACUUUCCAACUGCCUUAGUUGCAACACAAACUUUACUUUUUAAAGCUGAUGUCUUGAACAUAUUUGAAGGAGUUAUUGCCGUAAAACCUUUUAAAUGCCUGUAUACACUUCUGAGUCUUAUUAAUACCGGGAAUGUUUCUGUCUUUGCUUGUCGGGGACCCUUUUUUAUAUUUUGUGGAAUGCUUUUGUUUUAUUUCCUCCUUGGAGAUGUUUGAUAAAUAAAAAUACCGCUUUAUUUAGGAUGGAAUCUGCACUGUACAUGCAAACCCUUUUCCAGCUUUAAUUAGAAAAUAACAGCAUUUGAGAAACAGGUACUGACUGCAUUUACACCUGAAAAUGUUUGAUAUAUUGUACGAUUUUGUCAUCGUGUACUGAAAUGAGCAUUUUUGUAAGAUUGUUUGACCUUUUUGUUACUUCUCAUGUUAGAUCAGUAUUCAUUUCAGCAUUUUUUUAAACUUCAUCACACUGCAGAAAACAUGUAGCCUCCUUAUGUUCCCUCUAAAUUGCAUUUUUCCAAUAAUAACAAUGUAUUAUUUAUCCUAAAUACUCUCCAGAAAGUAUUCAAUGAGUUGUCAUGCUUAGACCAGUUGAUAAAAAUUAAUACUUCAGUAACUUGGACUGAUUUAAUGCAUCUUAAUUAUAAUUACAGUUCAAAAUGUUUUAUUUGUCACACCUAGUAAGCACUAAAGUACAUUUCUGGUCUUGAUAGAGUGUUUGCAUUGAUUUCAGGGUAUGAUUUGAAUCUAAACACACCCUUUACUUGAUAUGUGAUGAUGCUGGAGGAUGUUGGCCGUGCUCGUGUUAAAAUAGACCAAUAAAGCUGAAUUCCGGA